AUGCGUUUAAUUUGGAUCUGCCCGCAAAAGAGGAUGCGUCUCGCAAAAAAAAGAAAGAAGAGGGGUACGUGCCCCACGGGGUUCGGCCGUUCGCAUGUACCCCAAAAUACGUACGUAUGUAUGUAUGUAUAUAUAGCGAAGGGUUCGUCUUUUGGAGGAUUUAGUGAAACUCUCGGGAUGACGAGCGAAGCACGAAGCUCGCGGACAAGAAACACGGACUUCAGCAUAGCCCGUUUACUUGCGGAGGAACUCCCGAGUGCCGACGUCGACGCGCGAAAACAGUGUGAGUCUUCAGAGUGCGAUUCCCGGAGAGGAACGAAGGCUGGAGAACGGACGUUGGAAGGUGUGGACGAGCCGGAAAAGUGCGAAACGUCAUACGUUCCCAUCGUCGUGGAACGACAGCGAAGCGGUGACCACGUCGGCGAGAGCACUACACGGUGGACCGAUCUCACGUGGCUUCAGUACACUCGGUACAGACCUCCGAGAUUACCUAGGAGGUCUCUCACUGAAAGACGGAUUAAGCGACAAGCAGGCGAUCAUCCUCGUAUCCCAUUCUCCUCAUCCCAGUUGCAGAUAUUAGAGGAGAAAUACAAAAAGGGUGCUUACUUAUCCAGGACCGACGUCGUCGAGAUGUCCACAACAUUACGAUUGCCGCAGAACAAAAUCAAGAUCUGGUUUCAAAAUCGUCGAGCAAGACAGAAACGGGAAUCGCUAAAUUCCACGAUAGCGCGAUGA